GGGAGAUGGUACGCAGGCUGAUAUUCAGUAGGCAGGAGCACAGGGGACAGUGGCCACUGGGCAAGAGCAUGCUGGUUUGUUUUUACUGACUGAAGGAAGGGACGAUGGAUUCCGAAGCCAUUGAACGUACCUACGCGGCAUGUAGAUCACCGUCUCAUCUGUAGCACCACAUUAAAGGACCUUCCAGAGCUCCCUCAUCAGCACCAUGAACAUCACCUCAAUACAUUCAAAUUUCUCUCAGGACCAUAAUAUUACAACCGACCCCCUGGGUAGUCAUGCCAUUUGGGAAGUGGUUGUGAUUAUACUCAUCACUGGACCCCUUUCCUUGAUCACCAUCAUUGGCAACCUUCUGGUAAUCAUCGCCUUCCGACUGAACGGUCACCUGCGCACUGUGAGCAACUAUUUCCUGCUGAGCCUGGCUGUGGCAGAUGUGAUCUUGGGCGCCAUCUCCAUGAACCUGUACACUACAUACAUCAUCAUGGGCCGCUGGACACUGGGGAACCUUGCCUGCGACAUCUGGCUGGCCAUCGACUAUGUGACCAGUAAUGCUUCUGUCAUGAACCUGCUGAUCAUCAGCUUCGACCGCUUCUUCUCCGUCACCCGGCCUCUUACCUACCGGGUGAAACGCACACCCAGGCGAGCCGCCAUCAUGAUCAGCCUAGCCUGGACCAUCUCCUUUGUGCUCUGGGCACCCGCCAUUCUGUUCUGGCAGUACGUGGUGGGCAAACGGACGGUACCCAAGAACCAGUGCUUCAUCCAGUUCCUUUCGGAACCCACCAUCACCUUUGGAACGGCUAUUGCUGCCUUCUACCUCCCUGUAACUAUCAUGAUCAUCCUUUACUGGCGCAUCUACCGGGAGACGGAAAACCGAUCCCAGCAGCUGGCGGGGCUGGUAGGCACACCAGACUACAGGGGCACGUCCUCUAGGUCCAGACACCAGGAGACGCACUCAAGCAGCACUAAGAGCAGCAGCUCCAGCUCUGCGGACACUCAGGGUGAGGAGAGCCAGAACAGAGAAGUCCAGUCCAGCUGCUUCCCCAGACAGAACACAACCCGACUGCUGACGGGGAAAGGAAGUGAAAUAACUUCACCAUCCCUUGGCAGAAGGGCAUACCUGAAAGCAAAUAGCAACGGGAGUUGGAACGUGGAUGACGAAGACGUCUCCAGCUGCUCAUCGUCAGGGGAGGAAGAUGCAGCGAGGAAAGACAAGGGUUCUGCGGUGGUACACGUUCCUCUGAUUGAGAUGGGUAACAAAUCAAGAGGACAGACGCAAAGGUACGAAACUUGCGCUGUUCCCAGAGUUCAAGAGUCAGGGGCCCAGCGGUUGGGCAGCCAGUCUUCCUUAGACCAAGCCAAGCCCUCUUCCCUGACGUGGCCUAAAUCCAAGAAGAGCCGGAACACAUCCCUCAUCCGGGAGAAGAAGGCUGCCAGGACCCUUAGUGCUAUCCUGUUGGCCUUCAUCUUGACGUGGACACCCUACAACAUCAUGGUGCUGGUCUCCACCUUCUGCGACCUCUGUGUGCCAGGGAAGCUCUGGCAGCUUGGCUACUGGCUCUGCUAUGUGAACAGCACAGUGAACCCUAUGUGCUACGCGCUGUGCAACAAGUCCUUUCGGGUCACCUUCAAGAUGCUGCUGCUGUGCCGCUGGGACAAGAGGAAGUGGGCCAAGCCUCACCUUAGUGCUCCGUCCCAUCUCAGACCACACAACUCCAGCAGUGUCGCGUGACUCGCUGUUUAUUUAAAUGUGUUCCUCUCCUAACGCCCACCCCCUGCUGCCUUCAUCCUGCUCUAUGUCUUCAUUUCCACAGAAGGCAUU